GAAUAGUAAACAUUAAUAAACAGAAGGUAACAAAAUGGCCGCGAUUGUUGGACGUGCGUCGCGGGAGGCACUUCUAAAAGUUUCCAGCACCGCACAGUCCCAAAAUGUUAGACAGUUUUCCUUUCAAAAACUUUCCAAAGCAAAGAAAGCUGCCCUAGGGACAGCAGGGGUCCUGGCUACUGGAGGAGUUGGUUUUGCUGUGGCCCUGAACACUGCUGUUUUAGCAGAUGAUGAAUUUGUGGUCCACCCUCCCAAACAACCCUGGUCAUUUGGAAUAUUGUCAGGAUAUGACCAUCACUCUUUACGACGUGGUUACGAGGUAUAUAAGCAGGUUUGUGCUGCCUGCCACAGUCUCCAGUAUAUCCGCUACAGAGAGUUGGUGGGGGUCAUCUUCUCCAAAGAUGAAGCAAAGGCUGAGGCUGCAGAGUCCACGGUUGUUGACGGACCCAACGGCGAAGGUGAGAUGUUUGAGCGGCCUGGAAAACUGACAGACGUCCUUCCCAGCCCAUACCCCAACCCUGAGGCAGCGGCAGCUGCCAACAAUGGUGCCAAACCCCCAGACCUGACCUUCAUCACCAGGGCCAGGCAUGGCGGGGCGGACUACAUUUAUUCGUUACUGACUGGCUACAAGGAAGCUCCGGCUGGUGUUGAGUUGGCGGACGGCCAGCAUUACAACCCCUACUUCCCAGGCGGCAAAAUCAGCAUGGCGGAGGCCCUUUAUAAUGAAAUCAUUGAGUACCAGGAUGGUACCCCGGCAUCCCAGAGCCAGCUAGCUAAGGAUGUGGUCACGUUCCUGCAGUGGUGUGCCGAACCCGAGGCUGACACCCGCAAGAGAUACUGGAUCAAGUACAUGAUAAUCAGCUCUUUCUUCGUGGGAGGUCUGUACUAUUUCACCAAGUUCAAGUUCAACUAUCUAAAGAACAGAAAAGCUGCCAUCAAGAUAAAGAAGUAAUACCUCGGAAUAUUAGGUUUUGUGCUGGGAAUUAGGCAUCUUGACGAUGUUAUUUAUUAUUUUAACAAGUUUAAUUGUUGGAAAAUGAAUGCAAGAUCAAAGAAAAAAGAAUAUGUGAAUGAUUUUAACUCAUUUUUGUAACUAAGAUGUGAAACAGUGAAAGAAAAAAAAUUGAUUAUAAAAAAAUCAUUAAAGUCAUUAUUAUUUAAAAGUAUAUUGAAAGUUUAUUGAUACAAAUGAAUGUGAAAAGAAAGAGAAAAAUUGAGAGAAAGUUUUAAAUUGCUUUGAUGUGAAACACGAAAAAAUAGCAAAAGUUGUUGAUUUAAAAAAAAAAGAUUUUGUUAUUAAUUUAAAAUAUUUGGUCACUGGUUUGUGUAUUUAACUGUGUAUUUUCUUCUUUGGAAGAACUCUUUUAUAGUGAUGGUCACAUAUACAAUGUAUUUUAGUUGACAAGUUCUGUAUGUGAUAAUAAAAUUUUAUGGUGA